GUAACCAUUGACAAAAUAGUGAACAAGGUGAACAAAGCCACUUCAGUCCUGAGCGUCAAAAUAGCUUGAAAACAAACAAGGCAAACAGAUGACUUCCUCUUAGCGACUUACAUCCCUUCCCACAUCCACAUGGUUUUGUGCGUCGGCAGGAGUACGAGAUGCAGCUGUGAAACUACGAGCACCAAUCCACCAUCUGAGCUCACCGUUUCACAGAUCGAGAGUGUCCAGGAUGUGGCUAAACCUACUAAACCCCGUUUGUGUACGCUAAGUGAAUGGUGUUGACACAGUAAGCGUGUGGAGGCUGGCAGCAUGUUGCUUAGGAUCUUCAAGGCAUGUGUAGAGCUGAUGGAUACUGCACACUGAAGAACAGAGGCUGAGCUGGUGAAGAUGCAGCACACGACAUGCACAGAGGACCGCAUCCAGCACGCCCUGGACCGAUGCCUGGACGGGCUCAGGCAAAGUCCCACCGCCGCUCACCACUGGAACGUGCUGAUGUGUGCGGCCGGGCAGUCGAUGAACCGCUGGAGUUUAGAGGAGCUAGUGAAGAGAGAUCCGGAGAACUUUAUCAUACUUCUACAGCAAAUCCUCAGGAAAACCAAAGAGGUUCAGGAGCAGUGUCAAUAUGAACUCGUGGCUCCACUCGCCAUCAUGUUUUACUCCACUUUACUUCAGACUCCAUACUGUCCCCCUGACACAAAUCUGCUGCAGAACGCCAUGGAGGUAUUCCGAGUGUUUCUGACCUGGCCGGAGCCGUACUGCAGUGUGUGUAAAACCCUCCUCACCACACUGGAGCUGGAGCUCAAGGUCCCAGGAAUAUCUUUUCAGAGACUUGUCAGAGAGGAGCAGGGUCUGAGCACGUCAAGGCACUGUUCCAAGAUCAUAACUGUCCUACUGAUGAACCCAGGUGAGGUCCCUGUAGAUUUCCUCUCAGUGGCCGAGCAGCUAAGUCAUGUCCAACAUUCACAAAAAGACACCAGCAUCACUCUGAUCAAGCACGCCUUUCAGGCUGUCCUGGGAACCAAGUAUCCUCUGCAGAAAAUACAUGCAGCUCUACAGGAUAAAAGUUUGGCUGAAGUGGAUAAGAUCUACUCGACAGUGAGUGACCUGUUGGAAACUGCUGCGUCUCUGAAUGAUCCAGAACAGAGUCGGACUCACGUGGUGCAGGGACUGGAAGCUCUAAGGGCGAGCAUGAAGAUCCCGUCCUUUAACAGGAAGAAGUGUGAUGGAAUGCUGCAGACGUUACCACUGCCAACAGCCAAGUGCCACAUGUUCUACUGGGAGAAAGACAACUUCGAUGUCCUCAACACUCUCCUGGACCACGACAGCUACACUCCUUCAAACUGCGAUGAGGAGGAGGAGGACGAGGUGGAGCUGGACGUGGACGAAGUGAACGUGACUGCGUUCGACCUGGACGACAAAGAAGGGGUGGAGCUAAUGAAAGAGACCCCGCCACAUGGCACAGAGUUACCUGCACUGAUGCACGAGCUCAGAUCCAGCUACAGAGCUUCUACUUUCUCCACCAUCUCCUCUCUGUCCACAGCCUCUAAAGACUCCAUGUUCUCCACUUUAUCUACAACAUCUGAAUCUUACGCUGCAUCACUUAUGUCUUCUGGAAUUGACAGUGACUUUGAAGAUCUGGAUGAUUAUAUUUGUCAAUCACCCAACGCGGAUAAGUGUUCUCCAAAAUCAGGGAACAAAACUAGAUUAAGCCAACAUUUUCAAAGGCUGUUCAGACCCAAGAGCCCUAGAUUACUGUACAGGGCGAAAAGCUUGGGGAACACUGAAUCCAAAGACCUUAUAGUUGUGAGAGAGAAGAGGUCCAAUUCCUUACCACAGCAGGUUCACUUGAGGAGUUUGGAGACGCAACUGAACACACAAAACCAAGCACUAAGACAUGUCUGUUUUAGAAGGAGACCCAUUCUCAGCAGUGAUGAGGAUAGUAAAAACACUACAUUGAGGGUGGUGGUCUUUGGAGCGGACCAUGUGGCGGGGAAAGUGGCACGUGCCUACAGCAGCCUGAGGAUGAGAGAGAGCGCGUGUCCUCACCUGACGCGCGAGUUCAAACUCCAGUUUUAUUUUGUGCCUGUAAAGAGAGACAUUGCUACUCAGAAUGGUUGUGAAAAGGGAACGCCACCAAGUCAUGAUGCGACUCUGAUGGGAACAGGGAACAGCACCAAUGACAUCGCUCACCUUCUGGGAAUGUUGGAUCCAUGGUACGAGAGGAACACCCUCAGUCUACUCAACCUGCCUCCAAAUGUUGUCUGCCAGCAAACUUCAAAGACGGAAUCAGACUCCUAUGACAGCUCAUAUGAACAGCGUUUGCCUAUUCUCGCUGACCUGGUGCUAUAUUACUGCAGAUAUGCAGCCAGACCAACCCUCAUCCAGCUUUAUCAGGCUGAGUUGACCUUCGCGGGUGGAGAGAAGAGGACUGAAGUAUUUGUUCACUCUCUGGAGCUGGGUCACGCUGCAGGAACACGAGCGAUCAAAGCCAUGGGUACAGCCAGUAAACGCUUUGGCAUUGAUGGUGAUAGAGAAGCUGUGCCUUUGUCAUUGGAUAUGGUGUAUAACAGGGUGGUUGUUAGUGGGAGAAGCCAAUGGAAAAGAGAGCGCAAAGUCUGCACCUCAGUGAACCUAACCAAAGCAUGUAAAAACCCAGAGGAGCUUGACUCAAAGAUGGAGUACCUGCAGCUCUCAAUGACUGAAGUCAUAAAGAGACAAAGUGGGAAAAGCAAAAAGGGUUUUAACCAGCAGCUCAGUCUGAAUGAGGUGAAGGUGGAUAAGGUACAGAUCACUGGGGAAAAUAACACAUUUGCUGUGUGUCUGGACCAAGAUGAGAAGAAGAUUCUGCAGAGUGUUACCAGGUGUGAAGUAUCCGUGUGCUAUAAGACUGACAGCUCCACUGACUGGACACUCAGGAGACCCAAACCCUCCGCUCAGAUCCAGCCCCUGCACCCCACCUUCUGUUCCCUCCUCUGCUUGCCCAUUGUCACCUUCAGCGGAGCUCUUCCCUGAGGUGUACCUGGAGACACACACAGACUAGGACUAUAAAACCUUAAAAAGAUGUCUGUUAGGUACAACUGUACUGUUUCAGUCAAUUUAUGUUUUAUUCAAAGGUUGAAUCACUGUCAAAUAGUAUCAUUUUCUACUAUGAAGUGAUUUGCUGAAACCGUUAAAGUAGCCGAGUUUUUUAAAUGAAAUCUCUUGAAAUGUAAUGUAGGAAUGAGUUCAGUGCACAUGUAAAUCUGUAAAUUUUGUACAUAAACUCUUAAUGAGCUGAAAAAUUUGGUUUGCACAAGUCCUCAACAGUGGAAGGUGUCUGUAUUCACUGACAUUAAAAUACAUGUCUCCACAGUGAUGAUAAAAUAUUUUAUUAAAGAAUGAUUAAAAUUAA